AUGGCGACACUCUUGCCCCGACUGGGUCGAACACUCCUCUCGGGUCCGACUCGUCGCACGCUGAGCACAAGCCCGCGAGUGUGGAACGCAACCCCGGAAUGGGAACAGCUCGUCGGCGGCAGGCAAGGCAUCGAGCGACAGCGCCAAAGCUUCCAGGCCAAGUACCGCGAAGCGCUCGAGAAGAAGGCCCAGCAGGAAGGUAUCACCGUGGAGGAACUGAAGAAGCGGAAAGCAGCGUCGCUCUCCGCCGAUCAGGAGGAGGCUAGGUUGACAAAGUUGGCCGCUGCCGAGGCAUCGGCAUCGGCGUCGACAUCGGCAUCGACAUCGGCAUCCACAACAUCCACAACACCGAGUACGAGACCAACGAAAGUGAAACCUGCACCGGUCAAGUCGUCGUCCGAGAGCCCGGUCAAGGUGCGUCAGCAGAACCUUCCCUCCGCUCCUUCUCCGCAUUUGACGUCACUGACACCACCGUUUGCCCCGAUCCCACCCACAGCCCCUGAGCGACAUCAUGAACCUGUCCAAAGCCGCAACCUUAAACUCGACCGCCGUCUCGCAACUAUGGACGACGUACCAUCAGGCCAAAGGUUAUCUCUCCGCCGCUGUGCCCGUCGAGACGUAUGAGCGCAUGAUCAAGCUCGCCAAGCGGUACCCGUUAUUCGUCCUGCCGCUCGCCCGGGACGUCAGCGUCGGCAAGACCGAGGCCGACAAGGCGACCGCGACCGAAAUGCACUUGAUGGUCAGUUCAUUCGCCUCGGAUAAUGAAGCCCAGAGCUGGCCCUGAGCCCGGACCCCCCUGCGAUGAACAGGAAUGGGCCCUGCUCCCCCCACCGACGACGGCGCACACGCCCGUCCCUUCGCCUUCGACCGUACUCUUCACCCCGCUCGCCGAAUACAAGGCUCGGCAGGCGUACGCGCAACCGUACCUCAUCCUGACGCACUACACCGACCUCGCUGAAUCGCACAAGGUCGUGCUCAUGCGCGGCGAGAUCACGACCAACGUCGCGCUCGACCCGACCGCGGCGCAGAUCCUGACCGUGCGCAUGCAACUCUUUUACAACAACUCGCUGCACGGCGACGGCCCCAAGGAUACGGACCUCGAUCGCGAGCGGCUCCAGGUGCUCAAGACGUUCCACGAGACGCCGAACGAGUUUGAUGUCGAGGCCUUGAUUCGACUCGCCGAGAUCGCAAAGCUGUGA